AUGGGCGGAAGCGGCUGCCCGUUGGGCCGCCCACGCAAUUGCGGGCCACCGCUGGCGGGCUUUGGUCGGGCGCGCGAGCCCGUGCCAGCGGGCGCUUUACACGCCAUGUUUUUCACCAUCGCGACAGGCAGCGACGACGCUGCCUUGGGCGGGCAAGAUGUCGCGUCCGCUGCCGCGUUGAGACGCCUCCCGUUGUUACGGACGCUUUCGCUCAGCGAGGCAGUCGCGGCGUGCUCCGCGCGUGAUGGCUACCUCCCAGCCACAGCGCAGGCUGUGUUGCUUGAGGCCUAUGGCGGCCUGCCUGUUGCGGCUGAGGCUUUGUCCCUCGCAGCUGCCAUUCGCGCCGCCGAGCUGUUCGUAAGAGCGAGCCGGCGUCGCGGGUGUCGUGGCAGUGGCCGUGCGGGCCGCCACCCGUCAGCAGACAGUGGAGCCCAUGCAGCCAACUUUGGCGCGGACUCUGCCCCAGAGGACUUUGGCGCGGACUUUGCCUUCGGGCCACCGCGCGCUCCCGGAUACCACGCGCGUCUUAGACUUCCCGCUGGAAUUCGCCAGGCAGGGCCGGUGCUACGCAGGGCGCGGCAGCCCGCGAACAUGAUUUGGGGGCGCCAGCCCCGGGGGUUAGGAGGACAAACUCUGGCCACGAAGAUCCAGCGGCGGGCUGCCUGCGACGCAAAGCAUUGCCGCGUGCGCCACGGCCUCGCGGCAAGUGGGGGGGAGCUGGAUCCACGAAGGGUCGCAUCAGCGCUGUGUGGCGGCGCUGGGCCCGACCUCAGCGAGCUGCCUCGGCACCCGUCUGCGGUGAUGGAGCACCCGGAGCUUUUGAACACCCGUUUCACCUACCAGACCAGAAGCCCAGAGGGCAACGUGCAGGAAGGCAGCGGAGAAGCGAUUCACUUGGCGGCCUCGCGUGGGCAUGAGGAGGUUGUUCGGCUUCUGGUGAGCUUGGGUGCUCGAGUUGAAGACAAGGUGACUCGGGGCAAUACGCCCCAUUAUGAUGUUCUUCAUGCUGCGGUGUACGCCGAGGGCAAGGGAGGCUCUACAGCUAUGGUUGGCUACCUCUUACACGUGAAGGCAAAUCCGAACCUGCCAAAUCAGGAUGGACGGACUGCACUUCACUUGGCCUAUCAGACGGGCAAUGUCCCACUGAUACACAGGCUGCAUGAAGCCAUUGACGACUGGGGCACUUUUGAGGAUGCGAUCGUGGAAGGUGGCCACCCUUUGCCUUUAGAAAUCGGCAUCCAUUUUGACAAGAUGUCAGAAGAUGAGUUGUCUGAAUCUGCACGCUUGACAGCUCGAUCCCUGCAAAUCUUCAUAGACCACUUGCCGCACUGCAUUCCCAACUUCUUGCUUCGGUCGUUGCAGAAUGAGGAGGAUAUGGCAGAGUCCGGGAUGGAUCCAAAGUCCAUCGCUCAGUUAAUCGAGACUGAAGACAUUGCAAGCUUGAUGCGGGAAUGCCCAGAUGCGGCUUGCGCCUUGCUGGACUAUUGCUCAUUGCGUCCAGAAGUGACGAGCGGGCACAACCCAUUGCCUACGCGCGUCAGCUUUGCUCCACGCACAUGGACUCAGAGCUUGCAGCAAUCCCUGAACAUGCAGAAUGAGCUGAUGGUGUUCUACAAGCCGGAUCAGGUAUGGGACUACAACGACACAACUUUUGAAAUGCCUCCGUGGCAAAAGCAAAUCACUGAGGAUCACGAGGAUCGACUCAGAGACAGGCGAAGAUGGGAGAAAAGAAGGAGGAGAAUGACAAGGAAGGAUGCUGAGAUCAAAAUCUGUCAUGUGCCAAACUUGCUGACCGCCGAAUACUUCCAGGCCUUGGUGGAUGCAAGCGACACUGAUCCUGCCUUCACACGUUUUGAGAACGAAGUUGUGCGUGCCACCAUCCACUACGCGUUCUGGCAUGGCGCCGUUAUCUAUGAUGUUCUACAGGUGGCCAUGAGCUUCUGGGCGGUGCUCAUCCUUGUCUUUGAGACCGGCAUGUUGCAGCUUGAGUAUUUACAGCUUGAAGGAGGUGUUUCACAGGAGGAUGCAAGGAUGCUGCGAAGUAAAGGUCAUGGAGGUAACUUGGUGGCGGAAGUGCCCUCGAGCGACGACGGGUGCUUGCUGUGCAACUUGCACGUGGCCACCAGCUGGAUCGCGGCCAAAGGGCUCGUGGAUCUCUCCAUGGAGGUGAUCCAGUUCCUGGGCUGCUGCACCAUUGGCCAGCCAGGGAGUUAUCUCACCUUCGGGAAUGCCUUCGACAUCGCGCGCGCGGUGGCCGCUCAGAUGCUUUUUUGGCAUCCCGAGAGCAAGUUGGUUCAUGUCGUUGUCAUUUUCUGUCUGUGGCUCCGGCUCCUCGAAAUCUUCACAUCUGCGGAAAAGGUGGCUCGGGCAGUAUUGCCCGUCAGGGACCUUGCCAAGGGAUUGGUCCCUGCUCUUGUUGUCUUUGGUGUUGGCUACUGUGCCUUUGUGCACGCGUUCUUUGCAGUCAAAGAUACUACGCAGCCAGUGUGGACACAGGUGUUUCACAGCAGCUUUAGCUCGCUUAUCACGGCAGAAAUUCCUGCGGACGUGAACAAGGCACCGUUCGUCGAAAUGUCGUUGGAAUACUUGGCCGUCCUCAUGUUCUCGAUUUUCUUCUUGAACAUUUUUAUUGGCGUGAUCGGUGAGCUCUACCAGAUCGAAAAAGAGCGAAGUGAGCUGACCUUUCAAGAGCUUCGGGCACAGUCAGUCCUGACCUUCAACUUGCGGGCUUUGAUAAUGCCUGGCGCUGUUUGCAAUGCAAGUCUUGCGCAGGCGAUCACAGUGGUCACUCUUUGCAUCAUUGCCGGCACACAAUUGUGCAUCAUCUUCACUCGCACCCGAAUUCCUUUCUUAUCAGUGAUCUAUACCUUCUUGCAGACCGUGAUGGUGGCCUGUGUUUUUCAGUGUCCCGAUGAAGUUUGGGGCGGCGCUCGUGGCACUGAAAACAGAUAUCUUUGGAUGUGUGUGCCAGCCUCGAGACGCGAGGAGGAUGUCCGGGCUGUCGUCAUGGAAGAGUUGCCAGACCCUGCGUGCCUCCCGCUGGUUGUCAUCCACAGCCUACUUGCGUAUGCACUUUGGCGCCAUUUUGCAUCAGGCCAGCGAUGCAGCUGGCUUCUAGUAGAAAGCAAUGGUCUACCGACAGUGUUGGCAGCACCGUGAAGAGUAUGAGGAGUGUGAAGAGCCGAAGAUUCGCUGUCUCGAGCAAAUGGCUGCAGCGACAGCUCAGAAGAGGAGCGAAGUGAAUGCCUCACCGUGCUGUGCACGCUGCAACUCGGUGAAAGAGAAGCCUUGCUGGUUGAUUCUGGGUAGCCCCUGGCUGAAAUCUUUCAGGGAGCUUCCAUGAAGUUGCAUCCAGCGGCUUGACACCGCGCCGGCUUGUAAAUGUCUAUACUAUUUCACAGAUGGAGCGCUCAGAGCAAAGCCGUUCGUUUCCAUCUUCCCAGAAGUCCCUCGAAGCAAGGGCACCAGCGAAGCUAGGACUAGGAAUAUCUCCAUGAGCAAUGCCUGAUGCUUGAU